UAUUACUCCAACCCCGGCUCUCUCUCUCUAUAUAUAUGAAAUCCAUCGAUUGCAGAGAGAGAGACAUCUACCAUCAAGGAUAAUUAAGAUAAUGGAGGCUCUACUAAAAAGCAGCACAUUGCGUUUUAGCAGAAGAGCUGAUUGCUACGAGCCGUUUGAUCAAAUCCAUAUUAGAACAGAGGAAGAGCGCGGCGGCAGCUGGAGAACUUUUUCGAAGAAUCAGCUGAGGAGCCGCCGCAGUAGCACCGCCGUGGCGCCGAGCUCUUUGAGCUAUAGGCGAGAAAGGGCGAGGCGGCGAUUGGUUUUCCUUCAAAGCUACAAGCUUGAAUCUUCCUCCUCGGCCAAACAAGGUCGGAGGAGCUGAGGAAAGUGGUCGUGAGGGCGAUGAAAUCGGCUAUGGUUUCGAUUGUUUCUUUUGCGAGGACUAGCGCCAUGGGCACUUGUAGCUCCAACUCGGCUGCUAUUCAUGUUGUUUCUCCUGCUCCGGUUAUCAAGUGUUGCUAAUUUUUUCAAAUUUAUUGUUGUUAGAAAUGUAAUUAUUAGACUUUCUUCCAUAAUUAGUAAAUCUAUUUUUCUUGAUCAAAAUAAUUUGAUUUAUUUUACUUAUUUGACAGAUCAAUCUUCUCAUUACAGUCUAAUUUAGAAUAUUUCAACGCCUACUGUGUGUUUGGCAGACCAUAAAGCAAAUUCUUCCCUAAUUUUUUUAAUUAGUGUUAAUAAUUAAAAUUUUAUAUAUUCAUAAUUAC